AUGGCGCCGGCUCUAACUCCCAUAUUUGGGGUAUCUGGAGGGAAAGACCUUGCCACACUCGUCGAUGAUAUACCUUCCAGUUAUACCCCUCUACCAUUCACAACGCCAUUACCGGACUUCAAGGGGCAGAAACUGUCAACUGCCGUAUCUUCUAGGACAGUCAAUAAGGAGCAGGUUUACGAACAGGAUGCAAAAAAUGCCGUGGGGAUUGCGGUAGGCGUCACGUUCGGUCUGCUGGGUCUGAUACUAGCAAUUGGAGCCUUUUGUUGUUGCGUCUCGUGGAGAAAGUCAAAGAAACAAAAUAAACUUCGGGGAGGAAGCUAUAGUACUGGUAUCAGAGGAGUAUCAGGGCGGCCGCAACACCCCCGCGUCAAGUUUGUGGGUAAUAGCGGUGGAGGUCAUCAUAUACCAAAUGGUGUAGGAUGUUUGGAGCUCCUUUGUGCCGGCUGCUGUGGAGUAGGUCCCUCUGGUCGGAGAGACCGGCGGAGUUGGAGCGAUAGAGCUAGAGGAAUGGGCGGUCUUGGAGGACGCAAACCAGGAGGAGGGGGGGGUGGGGGUAAUGGUGACGGGCGUCACUUUGGCCGGGGAGACGGAAACAAUAACUACAUAACGAAACUUGACGAGGGGAUUGGCAAGUAUGCCCAACGUCCGAUACCGCGGGCCGCUCUUCCUCCACAAACAAGGGGGAGGAGUGGGUAUGGUACAAGAGAAAAACGGCAUCAGUUGCGAGCCGGUAAUCGAAACAAUAGGCCCAGGAGAAGCCAAGGGAUUAUCAGAAAAUCAAGUAUUUUCCCGUUAGCCAGGAUACCUCUACCCACUCACCCAUCAAAUCGUUCUCCCGGAGGUGUUCGAGGCCGUGGGCUAAUAGAUGGAAACCGAGAAGCGCGGUCAAGGGUACGCUCAAUGAGGUAUCGAGAGAAGUCUCUGGAAUUGGGACAGACAGCAGCAGAGUCGUCCCGGGAAAUACCAAUUCCUUACGAGCCCCAUAGGAGAAGGAACGGCCUCUCAAAAAUAAGGCAUCCACCCCGGGUCUACAUCCCGGGUGGCUCAAUAGGGCUGGGGCAAGUCCAGGAGGUUAUCAGGGAGGGUGGAGCAAGAAGGGCCCGGGAGGUCCACACUCGAGUACGAAGCCACUCAGGACCUAAUAGAACGAAUACCCUUCCAAGAGAUGGAGGUUCGUUGAAAUCCUUAAAUCGGAUCUCUCUACCCGGCACAAUACAUGGCACUUCUUCACGGCUGGCUCGGCCUCCUGGCGUCCCUUGGCCGAAUCCUUCAGAUAUUCCCCCUUCAUUGCACGCAUAUUCAGAAGUCACCCAGUGCACCUCCCAGACCUCAUACUUGGCCGAGCACACAUGCUGCCACCCAUCCUCCACAUCAACUCUAGGCGCCCCAUACCACCUCUUUCCACCAGAGCACAUCCCCGGAUCCGCGGGUGCAUUCGAUGAUUCCACCUCGCAGAUUUCGGCAGAACCCGCCAUGAGCUCUGACUUUGGCUGGUAUUCUCUUGAAGAACCAGAGAGCAGACUUGAGACAAUAACCGAGGACGAGUUGCACAAGAGCACAUGCUCCAGUGUAUGGUCAACAGAAGCCUUUAGCCGUGAGCAGAAGUGCCCGAGUAUCGAGAUGGAACAUCCAGGAUCCCUGGUCAAUUUUUGUUCGGGCGCAACAAACGGCUCCGAUGGGUCCGAUACAGUUCAUGCUGCGUCAGAAGAACCAUCCGGUUUUAGCACGCAUCAUACCUCCCCCCAGGAAGAUAUUGAGGGAGCAGCGGCGACUUGUGAGGCUUCGGGGACCUUAAGCCCUCGACCGUGGACUUUUAAGCGUCCACAAAGCCCCAGCCCGCCUAACCAGAGUCCAGGUGGGUAUGGGCGCACGCCCACAUCGACCCCAAUCGUCAUAACGAUAACCACCCAAACCCUCGAGAGACCCGCCUCCUCAGCUGGCUAUCCCUAUUCAUCAACAGCAGCCACAUGCACUUCAUCAUCGCUAUGCCCUCCUCCAUCCAAAAAUCCAAGUGCACCGCCUGCUGUCAGUGCAACACCGUGCGUGAAUCCAGAUGUCGUGACGCCUCUUGAAGCCCCUUCUCCUGCUAUCCCUUCUCCCAUUCCUACAGAAAUCAUACCUAAUACCCCUGACCAGUUUCCGUCGCCGGCAGAACAGCCGGAGCAGCCAGAAGAGCAAGAAGGGCCAGAGCAUAAGUCACAGGAGUCGGGGGAUGUACGAUCAAACGUUUCAUCCAGCCCUUCAUUUCCUAUUCAACAUGACGGGUGCUCGAUAAGCACUUUUGUACCCUAUCAGCCCUCGGACGCCAAUUCAGUAGCAAGUCCACGUCCGGGCAGUUUCUCGGGGUGCACGCAGUUCCCACUACACCGUAGAAUUUCUCCCCGAGAGACAGUGGUAAUGCACUCAUCUACAGUAAGCCCAAGCUCACGAAAUCUUGUGCCCAGGAUGCUUGUAGGAGAACCGAUUGUGGAUCUACAGAGGGAGCUCCAAGAAGCGCAGUUGAGACAGGAAUUGGAAAGGCUUGGGGGGGGUACCGAAUAGUUUGGCUGGGCCGGCAGCUUCGCUGCAAGCCACAGUUGAGAGUGUAGCGGAUGAAAUAGUGAUGACACUGGUGGGGUGUGAAAUAGCUUUUGUCCUUGUAUGAUAGAAGGAAAGGGGGGACGCGUAACUCGGGAAAA